CAUCGAUAAGGAGAGAGAGGGGAUGGAAGCCCGCCUUAUCUGAGUAGGAGCUAACUGAUGUGACCCCAGAUGCCGCCCAGCAACGACGCCGCCAUGGGGACCUUCCGACUCCUAUGGCUUCUUCCACUUCUUGCAGCAGCCGAAGCCCUCUACCCGUUCGGUCCGGACUUCGAUGGCCAGCUUCCAAGGGGAGAAGACAGUUCCCAGGAAGUACGUCUCGAUGUACCGAUAAAGUUCUACGGACAGACCUACCAAUCCAUAUACGUUAAUGAUAAUGGACUGUUAUCAUUUCAAACUGAUAUACCUAAAUUCUUCAAUGAGCCAUUUCCACUAGAAUAUCCUGUAAUUGCACCAUUCUAUUCUAAUGUGGAUAACAGAGGUGCAGGCACCAUCUACUUCAGGGAGACACGAGAACAAGAAGUUUUAAAUAUCAUUGCAAAAAAAAUAGCAGAUCUAUAUCCUACACAAUAUGGAUUUAGACCACUUGCUGCAUUCAUAGUCACUUGGAAUAGAGUUGGCUAUUAUAACAGUAAGAGUGAUAAGGUAAACACUUUUCAGGCAGUUGUUUCUUCAGAUGGAAGUGAAAGUUUUGUUGAAUUUAUAUAUCCCGAAAAUGGAAUCACUUGGCUCAGAGCUGAAUCAAUUCAAUCUUCUGUGCCUGAUGCUAGAGGUCAGGUAGGGGUAUCUUCUCCAGGAGGUAAACUUGCUGUAAUAAAAGGAUCUGGAACAGACUGGUUAUACAAUUUACCAAGGUGGACUAAUGCUCUCUCACCUGGAGAAUACAUGUUUCGUGUUGGUAAUAUUGAAGAUACUGGUCAACCCGAGGUGCCUCAAACUACCAUUGAAAAUGAGGUUCCUGAUGAGAGUGAGCCACAGUCAUGCACUGAUGGAGCUAUUCUUUGCCAUAAAUACUCAGACUGCUUUGACGAACCUGAGGGUGGAUUUUGUUGCCGCUGUCAAAAAGGAUAUUUUGGAGAUGGAAGAAAUUGCUUGGACUUUGAAACCCAUAGGAUGAUUGGCAAAGUAAAUAUCAGUCUAAAUGGAGUGGAAAGUAAAAAUCUAAACAUGCAAGCAUUUAUUGUAACUGGUGACGGCCGUACAUAUACAGCAAUAACUGGAGUGCCACAUGAGAUCGGCUACAGUAUGCAACUCCUUGUCAGUCUUGGAUCCUUUGUAGGCUUUUUAUUUGCAAAGCCAAUUGGUGAUGCACCAAAUGGUUAUCAGUUAACAGGUGGUGUGGUCAAUCAUACUCUAGACAUAUCAUUUGGCUCUAAUCACCAUGUAAAUAUACGUCAAAGAUAUACAGGAUUAGAUUUAUUUGAACAAAUUAAAAUGGAAGCAGAAGUGACUGGCACCAUCCCCACAGUUAUAGAAAGCGCAAGACUUGCUGUUUUGGAUUUCCAGGAGCAUUACACCAGGAUAUCACCAGGUUUUUUCAGAUCACAAUCCAGGCAAACAAUAGAGGAUACAGAGAAUUAUAAGGAAUCAUUUGAUGUAUUCGUAGAUCAAACCAUUGAGUUUAAAGAAUACUGUCCUUCUGCCUACAAAAAGCUUUCAUCUGUAAGAUUAAAAUCUUCUAGACAUUACCUUAGAUAUGAGCCUAAAGAUAUGAUUCUUCGGUUGGCAUCUACCAAUAAAGUUUCUCAAAAUGCAGAGGGUCAGGAUCCAUGUAUAGAAGGACAUGUUACAUGUGUAGCUAACAGUUCUUGCUUAGUGGAAGAUGAUACUUUUCGAUGUGUCUGCAAUCCAGGGUUUCAAACAUUACCUGAUCAAUCAUCUGAAUUUGGCUGUGUUGACAUAAAUGAAUGUGAAGAUGGUUCUGCUAAUUGCCAUAGUAAAGCUUUAUGUGUAAAUGAAGUAGGAACAUACUCUUGUCAAUGUUUUCCUGAAUAUACAGGAAAUGGCCGACAAUGUGAAGCUAUAGAACCACCCAAAACACCAACACUCUCCAACGGUUUUUGCAGAGACUAUGAGCAUUCAUAUUCUUGUAGCUGUAACAAUGGAUUUGAAAAAAUUCCUGAUGGUUCUGAAAUCGGAUUCACAUGUGAAGAUAUUGAUGAGUGCUCCAUAACUGAACCCUGUGAUCCAUCAGCUGAGUGUGUUAAUUCCAUUGGUUCUUUUACUUGUUAUUGUCCUGAUGGUUAUGUAGGAGAUGGAUACUCAUGUGUUAAGGAUGAGGGAGAUUGCGAGAAUUUUGAGUGCCCUACCAGCAGUGUUUGCCGUGAGACUAGCAAUGGCCCGGAAUGUGUAUGUGAGACUGGAUAUUCUGGCACACCCCCUAACUGCUCUCCUAUUGGUGUUUGUGAGGUUGAUAGCGAUUGCAAAGAAAAUUUUAUCUGUCAGUGGAACUCUACUGUUCAAUUUUCUACAUGUACCUGUAAAGAGGGUUAUAUUCAAGAGCAAUCAUCUUGCCUUCCUCCAGCUAAUGAAAAUGCCUUAGUUAGGACAUGCAUGAAUGGAGAAUGCUGGUGUCCUCCAGGUUAUAUUGAUAAUGGACAACUCUGUGUUCCUCAAACGCCUUCUCACUCUAAUCACAGGCAUUCAUCCUGUAAGGAGUUAAACAAUUGUGAUAAAAAUGCAAGGUGCAUAUACGUAGCUGAUAAAAGAGAUUAUGAGUGCAAAUGUAAUGCAGGAUAUGAAGGCGAUGGUAUUUCAUGCUCUGAGUUUGAAAUGUCUUGCCAUGAAAGUCCCAUUUGUGACAUUAACGCUGAAUGUCGUUUUGAAUCUACUUCUGAAAGGUACAUAUGCAUUUGUAAGGAAGGUUACCAAGGAGAUGGAACAACAUGUUAUUCUAUGGAAGAAUUCUCAGAACCACAAUGCCCACAAUGUCAUCAAUAUGCUACUUGUGACUCUGGAACCUGCACUUGCAUUGAAGGUUAUAUGGGUGAUGGGAUUGAAAUUUGUGAAAAAGAAAUACAAGGCUGUGAUACAUUAGGUAACUGCAGCCCACAGGCAGAUUGUAUAUAUGAUCCAGCUGAAGAAGGACAUAGGUGUCGAUGUCAUGCUGGUUAUGAAGGUGAUGGUUACACCUGUAAUGAAAUAAUUACAUGUCAUGAGCACCCAGAUAUAUGUAGCAAGGAUGCAACUUGCAUAUUAGCUCAUGAAACCUACACAUACAAUUGCCAGUGCAAUGAAGGAUUCUUUGGCAAUGGUUCAUAUUGCAAAGCUAUAAAUAAACAAGAAGAAGAAUUUCUGUUGCUAAAUAAGGGGAGAUCAACGAUCCGGUUACCUUUCCAACCAUUUGGAAGAAAUAUGGGUAUACCAAUACAGAUGAGUGGAAAUCAAGCAAUCGGGAUUGCAAUUGAUUGCUUGGAAGGAAGAGUUUAUUCAAGUAUUUUGAAUCAAAAAAUCAAAAGUUUUAAGUAUGAUGGUAGCGAUUCCAAAGAUUUUGUUAUUUCAGGAGUGAAGUCUACUGAGGGUCUUGCUAUUGAUUGGAUAAACCGUGUACUCUAUUGGACUGAAUCAAAUCCACCUACCAUUAAUUCUGCAAGUCUAGAUGAUAAACAAAUCAAUAAUGUUAUUACAAGUGGUUUGGAUAAUCCGAGAGGAAUUGCUGUUCAUCCCCAAUGGAGGAAAAUAUUUUGGUCUGAUUGGUACCGAAGAAAUCCCAGAAUAGAAAUGGCUGAUUUAGAUGGUGGAAAUCGAGAGGUCUUAGUGCAGAGUCCACAUGUUAAAACACCCAACUCUUUAGCAAUUGAUUGGGAUUCUAAUGAAAUUUGCUGGGCAGAUGCAGAUCUUAAAAGAAUAGAAUGUUUCGACUUUCUACAAAGGAUUGAGCGAACUGUUGUACAGAAUUGUCUUUAUCCUUUUGGAUUGGCAAUCACCUCAGACACUUAUUAUUGGACUGAUUGGUCAACUCGAAAGGUAGAAAGUUCGAAAAAGGGUAGCGGUACAUUGACAAGAUCAAUACCUCUUCCCAUAGGAGGUGAUGACAAAUUAUAUGGGCUUGCUGCUGUUACAUCAACUUGCCCAAGAAUAUAAAUUAAAAACAAAAAACAACCUAGUGGUUCUACUUGAGAUUAACGUAUAAUAAAUAAACCAUAUAAAUAUAUACAUAUUUAUGUAUACAUAAUAUAUAUAUAUAUAUACAAUAACAUAUGUAUAUAUAUAUA